CGGAAUCCCCAGCACUUCUCUCAGAUCUUAUGCCUAGCCCCAAAUCACCAGCUCUUCCUCAAGACACCCCGCAUCGUUCCUUCUCCCCUUCCAUGGCAACAUCCGCAUCUUCCUCCACCAACGUACCCCCUGCUUUGCUCCUCCCACUCAUCCCCUGCCCGUACUGUGGAGACAGGAUCGUAAGCUUUGUUGCCAGACGUGGCCAGCACCCAGGGACGCGCUUCUACAAGUGCUCCCAUCACGAUGACGGCGGAUGCGAUUUUUACGAGUGGCAGCCAAUUUACGCCGUCAGGCCUGAAGUCGCCGCAGCAAUCGCCGGUCGCGGCGCUCCAUUUCAAGGCCCCGCCGACGGCCCCAACACAGCGUCGCCCUCAGCGGCAACUGUCCAGGUCGCUCCCCUUGGCGAUGAGGAUCUGAAGCCGCUGCCGAAUGGCAGCCAAGCUUCCCCUCGUCGCAACCAUGAAGAAAGAGGGUUGGCUGGCGCCUACGCAGCCCAAAUCCCCGUCGUCAGCAUCAUGCUCAGCGUGGUUAACCUGAUGGUCUCUGUUCUAGUGCUAGCUUUACUGCUCGCAGUCAUGCUCAAAUUAUAUUUCGAGUAGGCGUGCUGCAACCUCCUGUAAUUGGUGGUUAACUAGGUAGACAAUAGGCAACUAUGCCAGUAUUAGUCAAGAAGUGCUGUCAUUGUAGUCCCGCGAGUGGUUUGUUUGUAUCGCUUAUGCAGUCUAUGUAAGAAUCUAUGCCAAAUUA